AUGAGAAAUUUGACGAAGUUAAUAAUAAUUGGAACAGUUUUAGUUGUGAUAAAUUUAUUUCUUCAAUUUCCUGAUACUGCAAUGACUGUAAAUUUAAUUAAUUGUGAUGAUAUUAGACCAAUAAAAUUAGUAGUAAAAUCCAAAGGAUAUUAUCCAAGACAUUUAUCACAAUGUGGGUGGAAAAUAAAUGACUUAAUGAUACAUAUAGUUUUAUUAGUUAUUCCAUUCUUUCAUAAUCUUCUUGAUCCUUUUUAUCACUUCACAAGAGUACUUAGAAGAAUUAUUAUAUUUACAACUUCACUUCUUUUAUUCUUAUUUUCAACAUAUACACUUAUAGAUUUAAUUCAUUAUCCAACUUCAAUAGUUCAAGAACUCUUUCAUUUUAGUCGUUCUUCAUUUAUAUUUAAUGUACUUUUAGAAUUAUUUUUAUCAAUUUGUUGGUUAAUUUCUGUAUUUACAUCAAUGAAUCUUAGUUAG